UCCUACAGACCAGUUGGAUUUAACUGCUAUAUUUACGUAGGAAGCAAUUUCUUACUACAAAAUUGAGAACUUCAAACCGAAAGUUAAUUUUGUGAUGAUAGAAACUAUGGAACAAGACUGUUAUGGAAACAGAGUGGUUAAAUUGGUAGGAACUUUGUAACACUGCCAAAGAUGGCAACCAUUAAAACUAAAGCACAAGACGUUAUCCUGUGUCACUUCUGUGACAGGAGACCCGCCCUUCUUCACUGUAAUCCCUGUCAGAUCAACUUAUGUCAAGAAUGCGUCGGAAAACACUAUAUGACGUCAGCGUCCUCUUAUCACGAGAUUGUCAAAUGCCGAGAGAGAAAAUACCACCUUUCAUUUUCAAAUUGCAAAGCCCAUAGUGGCGAAAAGUGUACUGUUCAGUGCCAGAAUUGUGAUGUAGAAGUUUGCCUUAAAUGUCUCAGUGGGAACCAUAACGGUCAUAUAAUUAUUGAAAUUUGGGACAUUGUUGAAGAAAAGAAAAAGCAUGUGGAGAAAGACACGGUUCGUCUAAAAGACGACAUCAUUCCAAAAUUCGAAAAAGCAGAUACGGAAAUAGAAUCCAAAUUAGCUGCUAUAAAUGCUAAAUGUGACGAAUUAGAACAAACAGUCACAGAGCAUGGACAAAAAUGGCAGCGAUUCAUUGAAGAAAUCGUGGCGAAAAACAAGAAUGAUAUUAUAGAAAUGAGAGGAAAUGGCAUUAAGAAAUCAAAAGAAUACCAGAAGAAAAUCAAAAAUGCACUUGAAAGUCUAAAUGAAAUUGCUCUACAGAACGAAAAGAUAUUUCAGUCCAUGGACGUUAGUGACAUAACAAAACAAGAAAGCAAUAUUCAGAAGUAUCUAAAGAUUCCCUUUAAAAUAGAUCUGGAACUACCGGCUUUCGUUUUAAUGGACAUAGAUAAGGGUAAACUUAACCAAGAUUUUGGAAAAUUAAUAGAACCCAGGAUACACACAGAAACGAUCUACAGAUCAGAUGUAUCCAAUGAGCUCCUAGACAAAGCUGUAGAAAUCGCAUCCUUCCACACUGGAAUAACAGAGUUGAUGAGGAUAGCAUGUCUAAAUACAGAGGAGGUGUGGGUAACGGGGAAAAAUAAAACUAUCACUCGUAUCAACAUACAAGGUUCUGUACAGGAAAUUGUUACCGCUACUUGUCAGAAUUUUCCUAGCGAUAUUUCAUUUUCAAAAGAAGGGCAUCUGCUGUACGCUGAUAGAGUAAAUCAAGUAAUUAAUGAUGUCCACCAGACAACAGCACAAAUCACAACACCACGGGGAUGGAUACCAGUAGGACUGUGUUGUACACAAUCAGGAAACUUACUGGUCAGUAUGCGUACAUCUAAUAAUGAACAUUAUAAAAUUGUCCGUUAUGAAGGUCAAACAAUAAAGCAGGAGAUAGAGAAGGAUGACCAAAGUACACCGCUAUAUAAAGGAGGAGAAAGUAUGCUGUUUGUGACAGAAAACAACAACGGGGAUAUCUGUGCUUCUGAUUGCAAUGCUAAGGAUGUCGUUGUGGUGAAUAAGGCAGGAAAACUAAGAUUCCGAUAUAAAGGAUAUCAAACGAUGAAGGAUCAGUUUAUUCCCUUCACUAUUGUGACAGACUCCGCGGGUCGUAUAAUAUUAGAUGACGACGGAAAUUCCUGUACCCACAUCAUUGAUCCGGACGGACAAUUUCUCCGUAGUCUGGAUUUCUCUGGAGCUCUGAGUCUGGACACACUGGGAAGACUGUGGGUGGGGGAGUAUGAGAGUGGAAUUGUGAAGAUCAUAAAAUAUACAGAAUAAAGGGGUUGAUUUCAUUAAUACAAUCUGCGAGGAAAUGUUAUA